CUGUGGCAGCGGCGGCAGUCACAGCCCAAAGUGCUAGUGACGCCUCUCAUAAAAACAACAACCUGCUCGCAAGCGUUCGCAGCCGCGAGGCGGUGGCCGGUGGGGCACCGCAACGCAUGCCGGGACUCGUAGUCCAGCCCGCCCUUCAUGCCGGGCAGCGAGGCAGAGAAGAACUACGACUCCCGAAAAGGAGCGUUGCCCGCCUAGGGCAGGCUGCAGGAAGCCGGGCCAGACGGCCGAGGUCCUCACAACAUCCGGGCCCCUGCGCUGGAGGGCACCGCGGCCGGUUGCCAUGGAGACGAGCGAGACUCUUUCGAAAGGCUUCGCGGUUUCACCCGGGAGGACUGUUCCCUGGAUUAGGCGCAUUGUUCCAGUCAAAGGAAAAGAAAAUUACUUCAGCUUCAAAUCCAGACACAGAAAUGAAACCUCAACUGCCUCCAUGUGUGAAUCCAGGCAAUCCUGUGUUUUCAUGUAUGAUUGAUCCCAAGACACUCUGUACAGCUACCUCACUAUCAAAACCUCAGAUGAUUAUGUAUAAAACCAAUUCAAGUGAUUAUGGUGAAUUUUUACCUAUACCACAGUUUCUUCCCUGCAGUUAUACUCCAAAGGAGCAAGUGUUUUCAAGCCAUAUUAGAGCAACUGGAUUUUAUCAAAAUAACACUUUAAACACUUCACCUGACAGAACUAAAACCCUUGAUUUUCCUAAUUUUCAACAUACUGUAUGAAUAUAUAUUGCUUUGUAUAUUUAAGAAAAAUGAGUUUUAAAUCUAAAGCUAGAACACCCAAUUUGGAAUAUAAAGAGUUGGACCAAAUUGUACAAAAUACCUUUAAG